AUGGUUCCUGCUCCCAAUCACAAAGAAAGCGAUGAAAACUUAGAUCUUGCCACUGGACUUGUCAAUUGCUACAAUGCUUUUGUAGCCGAAGAGCUUCCACCUCAACUCUCAUUUGCUGAUCUGGAUCAAAUUCAUCCAGAAGAUGUGGAAGAAAUGGAUAUUACUUGGCAGAUAGCAAUGACAGUGUUUAGGGCAAAGCAAUUUGCAAAGAAGACGGGAAAGAACAACUGGGGAAUGAAUGUUGACAAGAAGAUUGGGUUUAACAAGGGAAAGCUUCGGUGCUACAAUUGCCACGAGCCAGGUCAUUUUGCUCGUGAGUGUCCGAAGCCAGAUAGAAGGAAAUGGACAGAGAGGCACAUCUCAUAUGGAAAACCUGCUGAAUUUGUGCCAGGAAAUGGUCCUCAGAUUGAAAAUACUAAUGCUUCUACUUCCUAUGUAGAUCCACCACUAAGUCAAUGCAAGCAAGCAGCUGAAAAGAGUGUGUUUGAUAAUGUUACUUCUGAUCAACCUGUUGUUGGAAUAUACAAGCCACCAAAACAAGCGAAAUCGACGACUUGCUGCAAUUGUUCUUGUGGGAACAAUAAGAAACAAGGCAAGGACACGCCACCAAGGGCAGAAGAAACAACUUCCCAGUGA